CUUCGUCGUAUCCGUCGUCCAGGACAUCAUCCAGGUCGAGGUUGCGUACGUUCAUAGCGGGGUCUAUGAUCUCAGUCCGCGAUCAGCUCAGCCAAGACAUUUUCCUUGUUCUUCUACGACUUGACUUGUUACUCCCUCAAAGCGUUCGAGCUAUCCUUGACUUUUCAACCACUUGUUACAUCUUCAUCGCCAACAGAAACCAUGUCCUUCAAUCUCGGGAACAACGACCGCCUCCCCUCGAUGGGAUCCACGCCCUCAAAAUCCUCAAACCCGCUCCACCAAGCAGCCAACCCGUCUACUACCCGCAGCAGCGCCGACAUGGUCCUCACGCCCGACCACCCAGCCUGGCACGCAGACCACAGUCAGGACUUCGCUAACCAGCAACAACACGAGCAUCCCCAGCGCGGCUCUUCAACCAACAAUCCUAGUUCUGGAUUGUCAAGCGGACAAGCAAGCGCGACGGGACGGUUCAGAGCAGGACCGGACGCGGAUUCGUACCUUCCUCCAGACGCAGUGCCCCAGGGAGCCAGAUUCGAUCCGAUCAUGCCGGACGAUGUCAGGCAGGGAUUACCGCAUCGUGGCCCAGGGCAAGGACAAGGACAGGGACGAGUGCAAGGCCAGGGAUUGCCGGGUAGCGGCGAACCCGAUUUCGAUGAAUUAUUGCCUCCUCGCUAAAGAGUGCAUUCAAGCACCGCACAAGCACAGGAAAUGAUCCACUGCGGCAGAUUUUUUUUGUAUAUACAUUCAUAGUCAGUGGUCAAUGCGAACGAGCUGAAUACACCGACCGAUACAAAAGAACUAUUUAAUAAUCAUAUUCGUCGACCGCUGUAUUUUGAUAUGGCUGAUUUUGAGUCCCCCUUUUUUAGAUAUAUAAAAUUUGAUCAGUCAUCAUUAUUAUUAUUAAGUUUCCAAUUUCUAAUUUAUACAA